AAUCUAAGGAUGUUCACAGACAAUGAACUCAUGGUUCGCAAGAGGGCAUACGUCACAAUCUACCAACAGGCAGUGUCGCCAUGUGGCAGAUAUAUGGCAGUGUGCGAUUCCUAUGGACUAGUGUCUGUGUUUCAUUUGUCUGCUGCAGUCUCUGUAAACACAGUCGAAGAUACCAGGAAGCCUCUGUUCUGUUUUGAAGCGUAUGAUGACACUCCCUGUUACACUAUGAUAACUGUGGGAGACGAGUUUCUGGUCACAGGAGGUGUCGGCCCCAUCAAAGCGUUCUCGUGGAAAGAAAUCAUCAGGAAGUGCAAACUGCCUUCAUCGGAGAGGUCUUCCGUGCAACUGAGCGAAGCGUGGAGUCUCCCACUAGAGCAGAAAAAAGAUGUAUUUGACGAUGCUGAAUGCAACUGCUUAGCAUUUGACGAGUUUUCAAACAUGUUAUACGCUGCGUGUGGCAAUGACAUGAUCCAGCGAUGGGAUUUAGAAGGUGGAAGAGGGACGAAAGCAUCUUUGAAAGGUCACACUGAUUACGUGCAAUGGCUUGCCAUGGGAAGCGGCGACUCAACUCCUUUGCUGGCAUCUGCAAGCGAAGAUGGAUCUGCCAAAGUCUGGGAUCUCCGAACAAGUACGGUUACUAAAUCGUUCGUCCCAUCGAAACGUCGCGACUUGGUCCGACCCGAUUUGGGAUCAUGGCUUUCGUGCGUAUGCCUUGAUUCGUCUAAUCAGUGGCUAGUCUGCGGGGGCGGACCCAAUUUGUCAGUAUGGCAUGUACCCAGUGGCGAGAUGGCCCAGUCUAUGGACAUCCACGGUGCCACUCAACAUCACGUCUCCUGUGACUCAACAACUGGCGAGAUACUUGUGGGUUCCAGUGAUAACCAUGUGUACACCUACUCUAUCAAUGGCAGUCUGGUAAGAAAAGUGCCGACCAAUGUGCCCGUUGUAUAUCACACUUUGAAAAGCGACCGAGUCACACAACUAGCAAGUGUGGCAGGGCAAUGUUCCAAGGUAGAUGUAUUUACAAACCCAGGCUAUGUAGCGUUCUCACUAAACAUUCGAGUAUAAACUCUGAAACUGUCCGCUGUGAUUUUAUUAUAAUUUUGUUGUUUUUGAUCUGUUGAUUCGUAAAAUAUUAUCCAAAUAUUGGCAUCGAUUUGAAUGUUAAGAUAGAUAUGCUCUGAAUUAAGUUUUGAGUUGGAAA